GGCGUAUUCUAUGGGCGGAGCCUCCGCCAGCUGGCAGAUGUUUCCCGCGCGGCCGUAUCAUUCCUUUAGCGUAAAGCUGCGCGACGUGAAAAUAGUUCCUGUCGGACGAUCGAAGUAUCCGAGUUAAGGACGGUGAUAGGAAAGGAAAGAAAACUUGAACACGGGAUGUAUGGCGCUAAGCUUUAGUCGUAUAUGUCAGAGAGAGAGAGUAAAAGAGAGAGAGAGAUAGGAACAGAGGGGGGGAGAGAGAGAGAGAAAGAGAAGGAAAGAAAAUAAGAAUAGGAGGGACGAGUCAGCUUCGGAUUGGUCCGAAGUAAGGGUCCUCGAUAUCAGGGUAGCGCGAAGCGCGCGAAUCGCCCCGAGCGCGGGCCAUCGAACUUCUUGUGAGAGAAGGGAGUCUGUACAUGUGUAUAUACGUGUGUACGAGAGAAAAAGAGAUAGAGAGAGAGAGAGAGAGAGAGAGAGAGAUAGACUAGAUUUUCGAAGGGUGACGUAAUCGUCCCGUCGAGUCUCACGCACGCUCGUCAAUGCGUCGCCUCGUCGCUUUGAGUUGGUGCGGCUUUCGUACGGGAAGGUGUGCCGUUUUCGAUACACAAUUUCGUGUCCUUGACAUAUCGCGAGGCCAAGUGUAAAAGAGUUUUCUUCGUGCGGUCGCAGCAUGUUUCUGGCGGUGUGCUUUGGUAAAACGGUACUACGCGGUGCGACAUGUCGGAAUGAGAGAGCAAAGCAUUACGUACAUUCGACGGUGCGUUCACGGUGAGCAAACUGUGUAUCGUUAACUACGAUAGCGUGUUAUUACCGGUGUGUUACUUUUUCGAUAUAUUCGUGAGUGUUAGAAAAAAAUUUUCAAAAUUAUUUUACGUCUUUAACGAGCGUCGAUUGAAAUAAUCAUUCAUCGUGAAUUAAAUUUGAUAAAAGACGUUAAUCGAAGACGAAUAGAAACGAGGUGUGGCAAGAAGAAAGAAAGAAAGAGGGAAAAGAAAAGUCAAGACACAGUGCGGUAGGAUAGAACAGGAGUGAUAAAAAAGUGAAACAGUUUGAAGGAGGGAGAAAGUACGAUAGUCGAGAAAGCCGGCGAGAAGACAUCCGAGAUAGAGGGCGCUCAACGGGCCCGGCGUCUACGGACGGCCCUGAAACCGGCGGCGGCGGAGUGAUUCGCGACGCGUCGUGGGGGCCCUCAGCUGUUUCCCGCCAAAGAUCGCCAUUACAAAACGCGUUCGGCCGUUGUGUGUGAGAGGAUCGCGCGCGCCGUAGUGACUGGUUCAAUGGUGGAAUAUCUCAGUGCAUUGCCACUAUAGUCGUGACGAGCCCGCUCGUUUUAUCGUCGACGUCUCAAUAUCGUCCUCAUUGUGUCGGUUUGAGUUUGUCGAGAAAUCUUGUAAAAUAAGGUGAGAGAAAUAAAGAGGAGAGAGAGAGAGGAAGAAAGAGAGAGAGAGACCGAGAGAGAAAGGGGGUAAAGAAAGAGACAGAAAAAGACAGAAAGAGAGAGAGAGAGAGAGAGAGAGAGAGUUCUCGUCUGUCGCGUGUCACGCGUAGACAUAAGCACGUAACAAUUCGCCGUCGUGUCAAGGAGAGCGUGCGCGCGCGCGCGCGUUCUCUCUUUCCGGGCCGUAGUGGAGUGUGUCGUCGUGCGAGAGGUGGAAGAAGAAGAAGAAGAAGAAAAGGAGGAGGAGGAGGAGGAGGAGGAAGAAGAGGAGGCGGCGGCGGCGGCAGUAGCGGUGGAGGAGGAGGAGGAGGCGGAAGCGACGUUUUCUCGCGUCUACCGCGACAACGGCGGCUGCUGCUGGGAGCUGGUGGAGUCGCGGGCCGGGAUUCUCGGUGCGCUGCAAGAUAUGUCAGUGUUCACUGCCGACGAUCGGAUUUUGCUCGAGGAAAUCGUCGAGGCGAGCACCGAGGAACACGAGGCUGAACUCUGCGGUAGUAUCGAGAAAGUGGAGGAGAGCUCGGUGACGAGCGUGGCGGCCGUUGAGGCCGCGGAUACUCAACAACAACAACAACAACAACAAUCAAAGAGUAACACAGUAACAGCUCGUCGUGUAGGUGGCCAAAACGUUGCUUCGGGUAAUACCGGUGUUGGCGGCGGUAAUAACGUUGGACGUGUCACACCGCGUAGCCACAUGGAGCAGGAAAAGCGGAUGCGGCGAGAAAUCGCCAACAGCAACGAGCGACGUCGUAUGCAGAGUAUUAACGCCGGUUUCCAAUCUCUUAGGACGUUGCUACCACAUCACGAGGGCGAGAAACUUUCCAAGGCUGCGAUACUUCAACAGACUGCCGAAUACAUUUAUCAGUUAGAACAAGAGAAAACACAGUUGUUGUCGCAGAACUGUCAAUUGAAGCGACUUGUGAAUCAACACGAAGGUGGUGAUUUACCUAUCAAAAAACGCAAGCCUGAUAAUCAAGGCGUCGUUGUAAGUUUACCGGUGCAUGUAAGCGAGAGUGGCGACGAAGGAUUAGGCAGUAUGUCCCCGGAGCCUCUUUCUGUAAUCACGGUGACAACCGAGAGCCAUUCCGUGGUAAGCAGCGAGGUCGUGGAGCUUAGACGACAGUUGGAGAGAGAACGUCACGCAAGACUGCAUUUGGAAAAGCAGAUGAGAGCCAUUCAGAGUCAGCUGUAUCCGGAAAGAUUCCGGGAUAAUCAGCUGAUUGCGUAUCAGCCUCACGAGGUAAUUGAACAUACGGACAAUGUUAUGAAUCAAGAAACUGAAGAAGCAGUUGCCGCGUUACAAGUGGUAUCGGUUAUGUCAAUACCUGCGGUAGGCUCGACUCAAACAGUAGAAACUUCGAGUCCUGAGCCAAGUUCACCACCGUUAUCUCCUCAGCCUGGUGAUUUGGUAUCAGCUGAGGAUUUGAAGGAAGAGGAAUCCAGACCGAGUAGCCCGAAAAUCGAGAAUUAUGAAUAA